AUGAUGUGUGAUAUUAGAGAUAUUGUUAUAAAUAAAUAUGAUGGAAUUGAACAGUUGAUUCAAAAUGGUAUAUGGCGUGGAGAAUUAUAUAAUAAUCAUGUUGUGACAGAGAAUAAUCGUGGUUGGUUAUGGAAAACGAUUGUUCUUCAUGGGGAUGUAAUUGAUAAUACUUUGAAUAAUGGUGAGAAUGUAGAUGGGAAUUUUAAUAAUAUAUUGAUCCCAGUUCCAAUAGUUACCGACCAGAAUGGAAACACUUUGAUUGCUAAUCUGAAAAAUAAUAAUGAUGGUAGGAAUUUGAAUAAACCAAAUAGAGGUAUUAGAAGAUUAACCCCUAUGCAAGCAGAGAUCAAUCCUUUAUCAGAUAAUAAUAAUGAAGGUGAUACAAAGUAUGAAAAUGAAAAAAGAAAGGAAGCUAGUAAUGAUGAUGAUGAGCUGAUAACGAUGUCGUUAGAAGACACUUUAGAGAUUAUAGAUUUGGAUUUAUCAAGGUUGUUAUUGAAUCCCAUAUUUCAACAUCCUACGGUACACUCACAAAUGAGACAAAUAUUAUUCAAUUAUAUCUAUUCAAUACAAAACAAUGCCGAAAAUAUUAAUACAUCAGUGAUCCAGGUUAAUAAAAAUUAUCAACAAGGCUUUCACGAGUUACUAGGGAUGAUUUAUUUACAGUUAUUUAGGUACUCAAAUUCCCUAGCAACCUCGAUUAAUCAUGAACAUGAUAAUAAUAUUAUAUUGAUGAACGAUGUUUUCCAAAUUUAUAAGAAAUUAAUGAAGCAAAUGGUGCCGACAUUUUAUACAAGGGCCAACUUAAUUAGAUGGGAGAAUGAAAAAUUCAAACCUAUAUUAAAACUUUGUUCAAAAAAAUUGUAUGAAGUUCUAUACACUAAAAAUGAAGAAUUGACAAAUUUGAUUUGGUUAUUAAGAUGGAUCAGAUUGAUUUUCCUAAGAGAAUUGCCAAUGGAUUAUGUCGUUGUUAUUUGGGAUCAUAUCCUAACGUUUCAAUAUCCUAUAGAUUUAUUUAUGAUCUGUUUGAUCGUCUCUUUACUGUUGAAUAUUUACGAAGAUUUAAUAACGGAUGAUGAUGAUUACGAUAAAGACGACAUUAUAGAGAAACUUUUACAUUUUGAAGAAACAGCAGGCACUAAAUUAAUAAGUUGCAUUGAGUUAUGUAAAAUGUCAGGCAAUCUUUGUGAAUUGUACAUGUACGAAAAUUAUCAGGAUAUGGCAUGUAUCUGUGAUACAUUUGUCAAAGUAAGAAUUGGUGAAGAUACUUUUGAAAAGUUAAGUCAGCUUGAUGCAGACAAGCAGCCAAUGAAGAAACAACCUAGCAUAGAUCCAAACCGUAAACGUUUGGAAGACAAAUUAAAAAGCAGAGUUAAAAAGCUAACGUCGACAUUCCGUAAAUAA